AUGGCAAACUUGCUAUACCAGAGCCUCCAACCGGGGCUGGAAGAGGACCUGUUCGCCGCCGAUGCCGCGUACGCGGCGGCAGCCGUGGGCCUCAACAGCGCGGAUGAGAGCCUCCCCUACAGCACAUCGGAGCUGAACGCGCCGGAGUACUCCACAGACGACUUUAGGAUGUUCCAGUUCAAGGUGGCGCGGUGCAGCAAGCGGUACGUGCACGACUGGCGCGCCUGCCCCUUUGCGCACCCCACCGAGAACGCUCGGCGGCGCGAUCCGCGCCUGGUCAAGUAUCUGCCCGUCGCCUGCCCAGACUACAAGCGCGGCAUCUGCCUCAGGGGCGACAGCUGCACCUACUCUCACGGCGUGUACGAGUGCUGGCUGCACCCGGCCAAGUACCGCACCCAGCUGUGCAAGGAGGGCCCCAACUGCCGCCGCCCCGUCUGCUUCUUCGCCCACUCGGUGCUGGACCUGCGCCAGCCCUCCCACAGCAUGUACGCUGCCAGCGGGGGCGCGCCGCCCGCGGCGGCGGCCGCCGACGACGCCCAGGGCGCGGCGGUGGCGGCGGCGCUGUCGCAGCAGACGGCGGCGGCGGCGGCGGCCAUGGCCGGCGCCCGCCUCUCCGCCGACGCCUCCUUUGGGCGGCUCUCCUCCGAGGAGAUGCUGAACAACAUACAGGGGCAGGACAGCCGCAGCCCCAGCGAGGUGCUGGCCGCGCUGCCCGCCGCCGCCACCGCCGCCGCCGCGCUGCUGGCCCGCUCCCCCUCCUCGCGCCAGUCCAGCGCCAGCCUGACGCGCAGCUCCUCCGACACGCGGCCCGUCGGAUCCGCGCCGCACUCCCCUGCGCGCUCCCGCUCCCCGCCCUCCCCCACCCCAAACCCCCCUGAGCAGCCCGCCCGGCAGCGCAGCGCCGACGCGGCCGCGGCGGCCGCCGUCAGCGACGCGGCGGCAGCCAUGGCGGUGCUGACGCAGCAGCAGCAGGCGCAGGCGCAGGCCGCCGCCGCUCAGGCUGCCGCCGCUCUGGCCCGCCUGUCAAUGGAGAGCCGCGCCUCGCUGGACGCCUCUGCGGCUGCGGCGGCGGCGGCGGCCACCACCAAGGCCAUGCUGCAGGGCGGCGGCAGCGCCAGCCUGCCCCCCCGCAUGUCUCUGGACAGCCUGCUGGCCAGCCGCCAGGCGGCGGCGGCGGGCGGCUGGGCGCCCGGCGCCGCGCCGGCUCCGCCCACCGCGGCCGCCGCGCUCGCCUCGGGCACCUCCUCCCUGCCGCUCAACGAGCAGCCCUUCCCCUCAGGCAACGCGCCGCGCAUGUCCAACGCAGUCGCCCGCAAGCUGGGCCUGGCGCCUCAGCGCUCCUCCCUGGACGCGCGCGUGGGCAAGCUGCGCGGCGCCGCCACCCCGCCCCGCUCCUCGAUCGACGGCAUCCUGCACGCGCUGCAGCAGAGCUCUGCCCGCUCCUCCCUGGACCAGCAGCACGCCGCCAUGCUGCACGCCAUGGGCGGCCAGCAGCUGCAGGGGAUGGCGGGCCUCAACGGCGCCGCCGGCGGCGCGCCCCAGGUGCCGCACCUCAAUGGCUACCACGCCAUGCCGCCCGCGGCCUACGGCGGGCCGCUGCCUGGCGCCUACGCCAUGCCUCCCGCGGGCCCAACCGGCCCCGACGGCAUGGCGCUGCACCCGGCGCUGCUCAGCCUGGCCAUUCCCAGCCGCGCGCGAUUGCCGUGCCUAAGAUAA